AAAAAAUGCCUAACCGAACAUUUUCGAACAUAGUAACGUCGAUAUUUUUACAAAUAUCUGUAAUUAUUUCUCGUAUAUCCAAUAUUGAAGCAGGUUUAGUUUCGUACACAUUUUGCUCAAAUAGCCCCAUAAAAAAAAGUCUAAAGGUGUCAAAUCUGGCGAGCGGGUUGGCCAUUCCGUAGGACCUCGACGACCAAUCCAACGACCAGGGAAAAUAGCAUCCGAAUAGUUCAUUACUUGUCUGGAGUAAUGUGGUGGUGCUCCAUCUUCCAAUGGACGAGAAUUGACCCCCCUUUCCAUUUAAAUUUAUUUCCCAAGAUGGCGCCCAGUCGGCCAUCUUGAAAUUUUCAU